CCCUAAAACAAAGACCUCGCAAAGGCCGCUAUUGUCAAAAAAAUGAAAUAAAAUAAAAAGCUUCUUUCUCAUUACUCUCAAACCCUAAACUAGAUGACGAAAUCCUCUUAGACGCCCCUGCAGUAAGCUCUUCUUCAACCUCUGUUCCCUCAAUACUCAUUCGGUCAUCCCUCUCAAACACCGUCUCCUUCAUCGUCAUUUCGGAAAAAGUUGGAGAAAAGGAAAAAAGAAGAUCAAAGAGAAGGGAUGAGAGGAAGCAAAAAGGAAGGCAAUCGAAUGGAAGGAAAAUGCAAGUCAAGUAAAAUGAGGAACAAGAAGGGACUACAAGCCCCUGUCAAUCCUUCCCAACUCACUGCCUCAUUAGAUGCUUCUCCAAGUGAUAGUCCGAUUGUGAUUGACCCUACCAUUCCUGAAGCUAAUGGGAUCAAUACUGGUGGAGAAUCAACUGGACAUUCACAUGAGAUUGAGGUUAAGGAGAUCGAGGCACCAAGCUCGUUGAAUCCAUCUAGGCAAGGUGAAGUUCAUCUUUAUCCCGUUUCUGUGAAGACCCUUGGCGGGGAGAAGCUGGAGUUACAGCUCAAUCCCGGUGAUUCCGUGAUGGAUGUGAGGCACUUUCUUCUUGAUGCACCCGAAACAUGUUUCUACACUUGUUAUGAUUUGUUAUUGCACACAAAAAAUGGUGUUAUCCAUCACUUAGAAGACUUUAAUGAAAUAUUGGAAGUAGCUGACAUCACUUCAGGCGAUUGUUCUUUGGAAAUGGUUCCUGCUUACUAUGAUGACAGAUCUGUGAGGGCACAUGUGCACCGCACUAGAGAAUUGCUUUCUCUUUCAACCCUUCAUGCAUCACUUUCAACUUCUCUUGCUCUGCAGCAUGAGACGUCACGAAGUUCUUCUGAUAAUACACAAGAAUCAGUGAAAAUAGAAGUUCCGGAAUUGGAUGGUUUUGGUGUUAUGGAGGAUGUUACAGGUUCCAUGAAUAAAUUAUUUUCUUCUUCAAAAGAGAUUAAGUGUGUUGAAAGUAUAGUAUUCUCGUCUUUCAAUCCUCCUCCGAGUUACAGAAGGCUUGUUGGAGACUUGAUUUAUUUGGAUGUAAAAACAUUAGAGGGCGGACACUUUUGCAUUACAGGAACUACAAGAAUGUUCUAUGUUAAUUCAAGCACCGGGAACAACUUAGAUCCCAGACCAACAAAAAGCUCUGUUGAAGCAACUACUCUUAUUGGACUCUUGCAAAAAAUUAGCUCUAAGUUUAAGAAAGCUUUUCGGGAAAUAUUGGAGCAAAAAGCUGCUGCACAUCCUUUUGAAAAUGUUCAAUCCUUGUUACCUCCUAAUUCAUGGAUGGGUUUAUAUCCUCUACCAGAGCAUAAACGUGAUGCAGCCAGGGCUGAAGAUGCAUUGACAUUGACUUAUGGAAGUGAGCUCAUUGGUAUGCAAAGGGACUGGAAUGAGGAGUUGCAAUCCUGUCGAGAAUUCCCUCAUUCAACGCCACAGGAAAGGAUUUUACGCGACAGAGCUCUGUAUAAAGUUACUUCUGACUUUGUUGAUGCGGCCACAAAUGGUGCCAUUGGGGUUAUCAACAGAUGUAUACCUCCAAUCAACCCAACAGAUCCCGAAUGCUUUCACAUGUAUGUGCACAACAAUAUAUUCUUCAGUUUUGCUAUCGACACAGAUCUUGAUCAGUUGUCACGGAAACACCUACAAAUUAUCAAUCUGAAAUCUAAUGCUUUAACCAUUAGACAUGACUAUAAUGGGAAGAAUGUGGAGAAAUCAUCUGAUGUUGUAGCUGAUAGUUGCAAUGGGGUUGAAAUUAGUGCCUCAAAAAAUGAGGACAAUGCUGUUGUGGAUGUUGAUGCUGACGUAUCUGCUGAACUUCAGUUGGCCGAUAGUGAGCAGGCCACAUAUGCUUCUGCAAAUAAUGACUUGAAGGGCACCAAGGCUUACCAGGAAGCUGAUGUCCCAGGGCUAUAUAAUUUGGCUAUGGCUAUCAUUGACUACAGGGGUCAUAGAGUAGUUGCACAGAGUGUUUUACCAGGCAUCCUUCAAGGAGAUAAAUCCGACUCUCUGCUAUAUGGUUCUGUUGAUAAUGGGAAAAAGAUUUGCUGGAAUGAAGAUUUUCAUAUCAAGGUGCUUGAGGCUGCAAAACGUCUUCAUUUGAAGGAGCAUACUGUUCUUGAUGAGUCUGGCAAUGCAUUCAAACUAGCUGCCCCAGUGGAAUGCAAGGGUAUUGUUGGUAGUGAUGACAGGCAUUAUCUCUUGGAUCUGAUGAGGGUUACUCCUCGUGAUGCUAAUUAUUAUAGUGGAUCAGGCUCUCGUUUCUGUAUAUUGAGGCCUGAACUUGUCAAAGCUUUUUUACAAGCUGAAGCUGAAAAGAUGCCAAGUAAUGAAUUAAUAAUCGAGAAAACUGACUGCUUGGCUUCUGAAACAUCCGAUUUAUUAAACUCGGAUGAGCACUCUGGUUCGGAUUUGAAUACUGCUUUGGAUUUGAGUAAACAACAUAUUAUUAAAGAAAUGACUAAAGAUCCUGUGGAAGAGGUGUCUGCUGCUACUGAAUUUGAAACAACUAAACAAAUUAGCUUCAAUCCUAAUGUAUUUACAGAGUUUAAGUUAGCGGGACCACCUGAAGAGAUAGCAUCUGAUGAAGAUAAUGUGAGGAAUGCAAGCUCUUAUCUAACAACAAUCGUACUACCGAAGUUUAUACAAGAUCUUUGUACACUAGAAGUUUCUCCCAUGGAUGGUCAGACAUUAACCGAUGGACUUCAUGCCCAUGGGAUCAAUGUUCGUUAUAUUGGAAAAGUGGCUGAAGGGACCAGACAUAUGCCUCAUCUUUGGGAUCUUUGUGUUAAUGAGAUUGCAGUGAGGGCUGCAAAACAUUUGCUCAAGGGCAUCCUGAGAGAUACAGAUGAUCAUGAACUUGGACCUUCAGCUGCACAUUUUUUCAACUGUUUCUUUGGCAAUUCUCAAGUAGUGUCUGGAAAAAUCAGUGGUACGAAUUUUGCGCGUCGUUCUCACAAGAAGGAACAAGGUGGACAUCUAAAGUCUUCUAAGGGAAAGUACAGGCCAAGAAAUGGAUCAUCUUCAAAAAAGAAUUCAUCUCUUUACACAGGGUUAAGCACUGAGGGAUUAUGGUCUGAUAUUUUGGAUCUUGUGAAAAUAAAAUAUCAGUUUAAUAUGCCAGAGGAUGCGAGAAUACGUGUGAAGAAAGUUUCAGUUAUUCGUAAUCUCUCCCAGAAGGUUGGGAUAACUCUUGCAGCUCGUAAAUAUGAUCUCAGUGAUGAAAGACCUUUCCAAAUGUCAGACAUCUUGAAUCUCUCGCCUGUUGUGAAACAUUCAAUUCCUGUAUGCUCAGAAGCUAGGGAUCUUGUUGAGUCUGGGAAGGUUCAGUUAGCCGAAGGAAUGCUUGGUGAGGCAUAUACAUCGUUUUCAGAGGCAUUUUCUAUAUUGCAGCAGGUAACUGGUCCAAUGCAUAGAGAGGUUGCUAACUGUUGUAGGUAUCUUGCCAUGGUGCUUUAUCAUGCUGGGGAUAUGGCUGGAGCAAUUAUGCAGCAACAUAAAGAACUAAUUAUCAAUGAGCGUUGCCUUGGUUUGGAUCACCCUGAUACUGCACACAGUUAUGGAAACAUGGCUCUAUUCUAUCAUGGACUUAAUCAAACUGAACUUGCAUUACGUCACAUGUCAAGGGCAUUGCUCCUACUGAGCUUGUCUUCUGGAUCUGAACAUCCUGAUGUUGCUGCAACUUUCAUAAAUGUUGCGAUGAUGUAUCAAGAUAUUGGAAAAAUGGACACAGCUCUUCGGUACCUGCAGGAAGCUUUGAAGAAGAACGAGAGACUUCUAGGCGAAGAGCAUAUCCAAACUGCUGUUUGUUAUCACGCUCUUGCAAUUGCUUUUAAUUGUAUGGGUGCCUACAAACUUUCGCACCAGCAUGAAAAGAAAACUUAUGAAAUACUUUUCAAACAACUUGGGGAAGAGGAUUCAAGGACUCGUGACUCACAAAACUGGAUGAAGACAUUCAAGAUGCGUGAGCUUCAGAUGAAUGCGCAGAAACAGAAGGGGCAAACGAUUGAUGCAACUGCUGCUAAAAAAGCUGUGGAUUUAUUGAAGGGCUUGCAAGCAGCAGCAGCUGGAGGAUCUCGGAGUUCAGCUGCUUCUUUGAACAAAUCCUUAAAUGCAGCUAUGAUUGGGGAGGCUGUUCCUCGGGGAAGGGGUGUUGAUGAAAGAGCAGCCCGUGCUGUAGCUGCUGUUAGGAAAAAGGCAGAUGCUAAGAGACAGUUAACUCGUUCUCAUAAUGCCCCAGCCCAAACUGUUACUCAACCCAUGAAUGCUAGAAAUUCAGGGACGGUUUCUGAGCCAAAGGCUGAAAAGGUAGUGAGUGUUGAUAGAAAGGAAGUUUCACAUAAUGAUCUCACAAAAGAGGAUUUCCCAGUAGAACAACAAAAUCAAGCCCCAGUCGGUCUAAUUACAGGCUUAGCUUCAUUGGAUUCUAAAAAACAAAAGGCAAAACCAAAUGUUACGAGUUGAGUGAUUAGCAUUAUUCUGAUCAGAUGAUGUCUCUGUUCAAAUAUUGGUGGUACAUUAUUUCUUUUUCAGAUGAUUAGGAUGACAUAAUCAAGUCAUGAAUUAUUGUUUUUCAUAUUUUUGUUUUUUUGAUAGUUGCUGCUAGUGCUAAUUUUAUGGCGAUCAA